UCUUCUCGCACUCGCACCGCCGCUGAAUCUGUCUGUUUCGCCUCGUGCUGCACGCGCGAUUGCCGCUCGCUGCUAGUUUGACCCACUUUUCGCGAACCUACAUUUACAUCCAUCUAUUCCACACCAACAUUAACAAUUUAUUCUGUGUGUGUGUGUGUGCUCGGUACGCGCGCGGAUUGCGCGAUCCAAGCUUCGGCCCCGUCGACCGAAUCAGUUCUUGCAGCAUUCGCACUCUGAACGGUUCGAGCCCACACGACGAUGGCAACGGUCAAUGCGCGACAAACUGAGAAUCUUUCUGCUGCGAGCCCCAAGUGCGAAGUGCGAAGCUGUCGUUAUAUUGAGGAAUAUAAAAAGUUAUUCAUUGUGAAAAUAAAAAGUUUCGAUUAGAAAGAGAAUUGAUAUUAGAAAACGCGGAAGUUGAUUAAUAAAUAAAUGUGGAAAACAGCGACAUUAUGGCUUUAAAAACUCGUCACUGGGAAGUUGGUCUUGUCAUUAGUGCGGUUUUCUAAAUUGAACCGCUCGCCCGAAAAUACGAGUACUUGAAAAAUUCGUCGUAAGCAGCUGAAGCGCAACAAACAACGGAAACGAAAAUGCACAGUUCAAGUUUCGACGUGGAAACGCAGCGUUUUUGCAGUGGGGACGGCGGCGGUGGCGGCGACGUGCUUGUCGCGCUGACGGCGCUCGUCACCGAAGGCCGCAUCCCCGGCAAAUCGGCAGCGGCCAAGAGCCGCGGCUUCUAUGAGGGCCCGCACUGCUGCAGCGUGCUGAAAAACAGCAAGGAGCAACACGAUUGCAAUCGAAAUGAUGAGUUGUGUCAGAAAUACGAGCAAGUCCGCAACGAAGUGCUAAACCUAUGGCAACGACGCAUCCCCCUCUGCGUGGACGUGCUGCUGUCCAUGGUCUGUCCCUGCGCCAGCGAGGAAACCAGCGGGGGCAGUGAUAAGGACCACCAAAACGAGGAUAUUCUCUUAGAAAAGUGGUAUAUUAGCGUCCUACGCAAUCGAUCGUCUGAUGUCUGCACGUUUAAUUUCAAUCAACUAAUCAACGCCAUCCGCUCACAACUGUACUUUUCGCAAAUCUCCGCCUGGCUGUCGAGUCAGGCAGAAGAGGACAAGGAAGGCGCACGCUUAAAAAUCUCCAGCAACAAUCUGAAAUACAAUCUCACCAUCCCGGGCGAAACCUUCGAGCGCUGCAAGUUCUCGCCAUCCAUCGCCGUCAACACGCACGACUUCCCGCUAGCCGAUAUCGGCAACGGAUAUCAACUCAAAGUAACACUGAAGAGUUUGCCCCGCAUGGCGCCACCCACGCUCGAUUGUAAGCAGUGUGCGGCCGAAGCUAGCGCGCCUGCGCAAACAGAACCAACGCCUGCAAAGAGUGAAGCUACGGAUGAGAUGUUUUUGCUUGACGAUCGAAUGCAUCUGAGUUGCACACUCAAGGGCAAACACCGUUGUGAGGAUGUGGAUGAUUUCGAGUUGCGGAAAGAACAACGCGUGGGGAGUUUCAAGCGAGUCUGCUGUUACGGGGAGGCGUCCACAUCGAAAGCCGCUGCUACUGCGGGAAAUGCGAGCGAAAAACGCAAUUGUAAUCCGCAGGUGGAGCAAUCCCCGAAAACUCCCAAGUUAGACUUUAAGUCAAACGCAGAUCUCAAGAAGCAACAGCACCAAAACGAUGAGGGUGGUGCGCCAGCGGGGGCGAGUCGCAGCGAUGUAUUCUUACAAGCCAUCCUGCGCAGUUGUCGCCUACAAGACGAGCCCAUCUCAAGCACCAGCAGCGGUGAUACUACUAGCACUGCCAGCUGCAAUCCUAGCUGUAGCAGCAGCCCCCGUGAUGUCAAAUGUGUUCAAAGGCUGGGCGAGCUGGGCACCCACCUGCUGAGCGGAUGCGCACGCGCGCUUCAGAAGAGCGUCAGUGAUAUAAAUAGUGAUAAGCAAGCCGACAAACGUGAUAUAGCACCUAGUUGUAGCAAUAGGGGUAGUGGCAAGAUAGCGGUGUACGCGGAUUGUGAUAAUGGCGGCGGACCGGCAGCCACCGCCAACACCGGCACCGCCGGGACGAAGAAAAUGCGAGAUAUUUCCAACCUGCAGUUGGCGGUUGGCGACGACAAGCACAAACACGAAAGCAAUAUCAUCGACAUACCGUCGCCGAACGCGAAGGCAAAGUUCCGCAAGUCGCUGGACAAUGCCGCCAAUAUGGUGUUUCAUGCGCGCACCGGGUUACCACUCACCAGUAGCCCGGCGCCGGUACGCCGCGGGAAGUUCAACUUUGACUUCGAUUCCAGUAUUAAUUCUGUUUCAGAUAUCAAAAGUGCAUUAUUCUCGACAAGUAUUUCAACAGACGACGAUAGUGAAAGCGAUGGCAGUAUUGUCUCACCAUGCAGCCCGGAAACAUACUAUCCGAAGAAGCAGCCGUCGCCUGUUAAGCACUAUCGACGAAGCAAUGCUGCCAAUUUAUUAGGAAGUUUCGAAGAGUCAGUCCUCAAUGGCCGCCUCGAACCGGUGUCCACAGUCCAUGGCUUUACUGCCGAGCUCGGCGCAAGCGGCUCCUUCGUACCGCGUCACCUAGUCGUCCCCGUUACAGUCUUCUUCUACACACUCGGCGACAACGAUAAAGUCUCAUCUCCCUACUUGGGUCAUAUUAACCUAGGCAAAAAAGGGUACAUGGUGCCAAAGACGGGCACGGUCCAAGUGACCCUUUUUAAUCCACUCGGCACCGUGGUGAAGAUGUUCGUCAUUAUGUACGACCUUUCCGACAUGCCGCCCAAUUCGCAGACCUUCAUCCGGCAGCGCACACUGUACAUGCCCGCCGAGUGCACCGACCGCCACCUCGAAGAGUGGGGCCCCAAGUGGCUGCGCUACCUUGUCCACCUGCGCUUCCUCAGCUCCAAGUCGGGGCGCAUAUAUCUGCACAGCGACGUGCGCAUGAUUAUCUUCCGCAAGGCGGAUGUUGACACGGCGACCGCGCACGGCAUUGAUAUGUGCUACGAAUUGCGCAGCUUCACGCACAUGCCCGCCAAUCCGAAGUACUCGCCGCGGAAAUAGUCCGCAGCCGUGCAUCCGCCAUCUUGGUCGACCUCAGAGCCACCUAGCGCACGCCACCACUUAUAUAGCUGUGCUUCUAGCGUUAUUCUCGACUUGGCUUGCUGUUCGUUGUUGUCAAUCAAGUCAAUCUCUAUGUGUCGUCGUAGAUAUCAAUCGGUGGGCAGCGGUCCAACAUUGGAAUCACUUGGAAUGAGAACUUAAUCUAGCGAAAAGAGAAAAAUAUUUAUUGAAUGGCCAUUUAUUUCAAGUUUUCAAUUGUUUAAAUAAUUCGUACGAGUGAUAAAAUAUAGCUACUGUCGGAAUAAGUGAUUACACUUUACAUUAAUCUUACUUUAUUGAUACUAAGUUGUUUUUCGUUCUUUUUCUUUUCUUUAAUGAAUUUAAGUUAUAACUCAACGCGGACGUUAUGAACUUUUCUGGAUGUGAGAUUUAUAAUUUCAAACCUGGAAGAGAAUUCUAUAUUUCUUAGAGAAACAAAGUGAAAUUAUAUAUAUACAAAUAUAUUGAAAACAAACCAGAAACAUAUGGAAGACAAAAUCGCAAAAUGUAUUUAUUGCGCAAUAUUUUUAUUAGAUACCUAAAUAUAUAACACAAUAAUUACGAAAAAAUGAAUUAUGAACAUAUAGUAAUAAAUGUGUGUGGUAGCCAGCAUCAACAUAAAGGACAAAAACUUAAAA